GGCUUCCCACGAGGCGCUCCCCUGUCCGCGUGUCGCACCAUGACUCCCACGCACGGAUUGGCGGUCGACAUGGCGGGGCCCCGAGCCACGCUUCAUGCACAGCUGCUACCGGACACGCGGAGUGCCAUAGUGACUAUGAGCGGAAGUUUUCGUGGCUUCCUAGUACAAGCUCGCAGCAAGGACGACAUAAGGGUCCUGGUGCCGGGCAGGUUCACGCCAAUCUCUGGAGCUCGAACGCUCGACUGUGACGACCAAGAUGACAGCGCCAUCACGCACGUGGACAACACUGAGAAGACGAACGUGACAGCGAAGUGGGCUGCGCCACUGGGUUGGGAAGGCAGCGUCGUUUUCAAGGCGACCGUGGUGAAAAAGUACGACGCAUAUCCCGAGUACCUGUUUUCCGAUGACAUCGCGAUACGCAAAGCCUACGAGACCGUCCAGGUGAUUCGGCACGCACCUCGUUCUACGGUGGCCUCCUCCUCAAUAAAUGCCGCACUGCUGAAGCUUUACGACCGCGGCGGUAAUCGCGUUCUCUCGGUGUUUUCUCAGGCGUCAAGUGUCCAGCAGCAGCUCGCAAUGACUACCGAGCUCCAGCCGAACGGUUCGCUCGAGCUGGUGCCCGUCAGGGCGCUAACGGAAGCAUCUCGCCAUUCGGGCGUUGAAGUGGUCGACCUGGUAGCCGACCACGUCACACGCGCAACUGCAAGACAGGGCUCGGCCAGUGACACCUACAAGGAGUGCGGAGUGACCAGGGGCUGCUUCGGCCUCACGGGCGCGUGCAUUCAAACACGGGACUGCACCGUGCUGCUGUCCUAUGCGGUGGCACCGAAGGGCGAAGGCUUGGACUUUGAGCUGACAGGAGGUGCUGCCGUCAAGAACAACAUGUGGAUCGCCGCUGGAAUCACGAACACGCCUAGCAUGGGCACGGCCACCGUCAUCGACUGCUUCCUCUACGACGGCAAGCCAGGCAUGCAGGAGUCGUGGAACACGGACACCAUGCAGAACGUGGUCCAGACACCGACGUCAGCGGGCAUCACUUUCGGUGCCCGCGGAGUGGUGAACGGCCUGCUUCGUUGCGCUUGGAACCGCAAGAACGUGACCGUCGCUCAAGGCAAGACCUUCGACAUCGGCAAAGAGAAGUACUAUCUCCUGCUGGCCUCUGGGCCAUUCUUGGUGGAUCCAGCCACCGGGAAGCCCACGAGCCAAGAGAAGCAAAUGCACACCAUCCGUGGUCUGACCGCCGCUCCGCUGCUCCUAGCUCAAGUGUACGAGGUCAAACAGAAAGAAGAGGACUACCUGCCCUACAAGAUUCACGGCGAGUUCCAUGCGUUGUGCUCCUUUGUGAACACCCAAUGCUCGCUGAUGCUCUUCGCUUGGCUUUUCUUGGUGAGCGUGGCCAUCAUGAUGGCGCGACACUUCAAGAAGGACUGGCCAGGCGUCAGGAUUGCCGACUUGCACGUCUGGUUUGUCGGUGUAAACCUGCACCCCAUUCUCGGCGUCGCGGCGUCAGCCUUGGCCAUUGCUCAGCCCAUCAUGGCGUUGUUCCGGUGCCAUCCGAAUGAACCUAGGCGUCCCUUGUUCAACUGGCUUCACUGGGCCAACGGCAACGUGGCACAGAGCGUCGCCUUGGUGACCAUUUACUACGCGCCGGGCCUGACCAAGUCCGGUCUCGGUGGCUCCAGCAUGUUCCUUACCGUCCUCUCGGUGCUGAUUGGCUUCCACGUCGCGGUGCACGUGGGAAUGCAGGCACUCUCAAUGCUCUCCACAAAACCGCCGGAUGCACUGAUUCCAGCCAACGCCGACGAGCCGAAACGCGACAGCCCCGCGCCUCCCCCGGAAGCCUCUCAAGGCACGAGCACCGCGCAAGCGCCCCAAGAUGGCGGAGCCGGCGCAGAGGAGGCCAAAGAGGACGGGGCCUCGGGCGAUGCUGAACCAGCCAGCAAGGACACGGGGGACGACAGCGAAGCUCCGGAGCACAAGACUUCCGAGGCGGCCGGAGGUUCCGCCGAAGCCGCUGCUGAUGGCGGCGCUGCGGGGACUGAUAACGCCACCGCUCCUCCUCAUCCUCCUGCCCAAGCUGACGCAGCGGCCCCUUCUGCGCCACAGGCCCAGGAGCCAGCUUCGUCAACGCUAGACAAAGUCCGAAUCGCCAUCCUGGCCGUCUACAGCCUCAUUCUGCUGGGUGGUGUGGCGGCACUCGUCGGGAUCGUGUUUAGCGCCUGACAGCACCGGACGUCUCCUGGGAUGCCAGAUGACGUCACACAUUUCCGCGCAUUUGUUUUUCGAGCAAUGUGGUGUGCGGUUCGCUAACAAUUAUGCGAAGACUGCGCGCUUUCUUGUUGUUUUUGUUUGUAGUGCUUAGUUGCGCACCACUUAAGUGUAUUUCCGGAACGUAUAGACGUUUGCGUAAGUCUGUCAAAUAUGACCUACCCACAUGCGCCUGCACUGACA